AUGACCACGGUCGCCAUACAGCUGCUGGUCGAGUCAGGCCGUGCUCUUGGCGAGGGCAAGCGGGCCUCUGAGGAGCUGCACAUCAUCCCCAUCGUCAUCGUUGGCGUUGCCAUCUUCGCCAAGGGCUCCUUGAUGUUGUACUGCUUUGCCUACCGAAAGUACCCCUCGGUGCAUGUCUUCUUCAUUGACCAUCGCAACGACAUCGUCGUCAAUAGCUUUGGUCUGAUAAUGUCCGUGGUGGGCGAUCGCUUCGUGUGGUAUCUCGACCCGAUCGGCGCCAUGUGCAUUGCCCUGCUCAUCCUGUUCUCGUGGGUCGCAAACGCCUUUGAGCAGGUCUGGCUCCUGGUCGGAAAGUCCGCGCCAAGAGACUUUCUCGCCAAGCUGACUUACAUGUCAAUGACACACGACACUCGGAUUCUCAAAGUCGACACCUGCCGGGCGUACCAUGCCGGUCAGAAAUACUACGUGGAAAUCGACAUCGUCAUGGACGAGGCGACUCCGUUGAAGAUUUCUCACGACGUGGCGCAAGAGCUGCAGAGGAAGGUCGAGGGACUCGGCGAUGUCGAGAGAGCCUUUGUCCACGUUGACUACGAGGACCAGCACAACAUCCAGACCGAGCACAAAGCAUUGUACGAAAAGGUCGAGAAGAAGCCCAAGAGGACGCUGAAAGAGAUCCUGCUGCGGACGAAGAAGGACACUAGCAAGGUAGUCGAGACGGAGAUCUCGAGCGGGCGAAACUCGUCCUGA